AGUCUGGCCCGACCUUCAGAGAUGAAGAGUCUGGCCCGACCUUCAGAGAAGAAGAGUCUGGCCCAGCCACCAGAGAAGAAGAGUCUGGCCCAGCCACCAGAGAAGAAGAGUCUGGCCCAGCCACCAGAGAAGAAGAGUCUGGCCCAGCCACCAGAGAAGAAGAGUCUGGCCCAGCCACCAGAGAAGAAGAGUCUGGCCCAGCCACCAGAGAAGAAGAGUCUGGCCCAGCCACCAGAGAAGAAGAGUCUGGCCCAGCCACCAGAGAAGAAGAGUCUGGCCCAGACCUCAGAGAAGAAGAGUCUGGCCCAGCCACCAGAGAAGAAGAGUCUGGCCCAGCCACCAGAGAAGAAGAGUCUGGCCCAGCCACCAGAGAAGAAGAGUCUGGCCCAGCCACCAGAGAAGAAGAGUCUGGCCCAGCCCUCAGAGAAGAAGAGUCUGGCCCAGCCCUCAGAGAAGAAGAGUCUGGCCCAACCCUCAGAGAAGAAGAGUCUGGCCCAACCCUCAGAGAAGAAGAGUCUGGCCCAACCACCAGAGAAGGAGGCAACACCGGAAAGGAAAGCCACAUCCUCCUUCCUCCAGAAGCUGAGAGAGGCUGGUCAGUCCAAGCCUGCCUGGAAAGCCCUGGCGUCUCCAGUGAGAGAAGUUCCUCUCACCGACCUGGAGGAUGACUUCCUGAUCCUGGAGGACGAUGGUCCUUCCUGGUUCUCCCUGCGCAGGAAGACUGACCCCAACAGGACCACAGCCACACCUCAACCGCAGCAGAAGGACCAAUCACACAGCAAUAAUGACGCCUCAGCUGACACACUCACCAAGACAAGCCAAUCAGAGAAGGAUACAGCCAAGCUGAGAUCAAGAGGGACAGCUGAAGUGAAAACUAAAGAGAAGAAUGCUACUGGAGGCUCCUCCCUCAUACCUGUCCUCACCAAGUCUACAGCCAGGAAGAAGAGGGACUCAAGUCCCCAGGGUGAUGGGCCUGUCGAGGCAGACCACAUAGAACAAGCCCCGAAGAAGAAGGUCAACAACCCGUUAUCUGAACCAACGACACCAGGUUACCUGGAACCAGGAGGAGGGGCUAAGCCUAAACCCAGCCAAUCAAAAGCCCGCACCAAAACAGAAAAGAAAGUUCCCAGAAUAUCUCAAUUCCAAGCUGGUAUCCAAGGCAACAAGGUGAACCCCAAGACGAGCCGAGGACGAGGCCUGCAGUCUGGGAAGACCAGGAGACUGUCAGCUGGAGCUGGGGAGCAGCCAGUCAGCAUGGAGGAGGAGAGUGAAGCUGCUUCAGACCUGGAUGUUUCCCCAGUUCUACAGUUGGCACCGACAGGACAGAGACGAGUCAAGGUCCCAGCCAAUCGUAAAGCCAAGGAGGUCGGCCCCUCCCCUACAGGUGAGGCUGACUCCUCUCAGGCCGGCCAGCUAACCCAGUUAGCAGGGAAGAGGAAGAGGAUCAAGCCUGGUCCCUGGUGGCUCACCAGCCCUUUCAACACACAGGUCACAGAGACAGUCAACACACACACAGCAAACAAGUACAAACACAAUAACAAGAAAACAAAAACCAAACCAGCAAGAUAUUCCUCUGUGGAGUCAGGGCAAGAGGGGACAUCAAGGCCCUUGUUUAAUCAGAACGCAAAGAAGAAACCCUCGUCCAAUCAAACCGCAGAAAAUAAACCUUUGUCCAAUCAGACUGCAGAGCAUAAAGCAGAGAAGCCCAAGAGGGGCAGAACUAAGAAGCAAAAGACGACCAGUAGAGAGGAGCCAGCGAGGCCUGAAGGUCAGAGAGAAGAGGAGGAGGCUGAGGCCUCUACGGCAGAGCAGCAGGAGGAGCAACAGGAGCUGGGGGGGCUCAGUCCCAUGCCCAGCCCUCUCAGACAGCAUACACUCACCCCAAGUGAGAAGGUGUUUGACUGGAUCUAUACCCGCCCUCCCAAGUGUAAACCCCAGAGUGACAUUACCCCCCACUCUGCUACCGUUACCCCCAGCAGGCAGUGGUGUCAGGCCAGGGAGGCUCCAGAGAAACGCAGCAGGAGGAGGAAAGCUCCAGGGAACUGGUGGGUCACCAACAACCCCCCAGAGAACGCUGACAGCACCUCUUCAUUCCCUCAACAACCCCAGCCUUACCCCAAAAAACCUUCACCCCCUCAACCACAGCCAAACCCAAAAACUCGCAAGGUGGAGAGAAGUAAGUUCCUUGGACCCCCUCAGAAUGGCAACACAGCCUCCUCAACUCGACCUGAAGGAGUUCAGACCCCGCUGAAGAGGAAGGACCUCUCCGCUCCCAAGACAGUCAAGGGCUCUCUGGCCACCACCGUCUUCUCCUCGGGCAGAGGAGCGCUCCCGGUGGCCACGGUCAGAAGCAGCACGCGGCAGACUUUGGGGAGGAACGCGCUAUUCCCUAGAGCGCCUGAGGAGCAGUCAGCCCAGAGCCCCAGCAUCGGCCUCAGCUCUGGGCCAGCUAAUGACCCCUCCCAGGACCCAACCAGUGACAGGAGCUCCAGCCCUGUGGAUCUGAGUGCCAGUACUGUCUGCAUAGAGCCUGUUGGACAGCUGGGGAAAAAGAAGACCAUACACCGAGACUUCUCCCAAAGCAACAACCGACUCUCAGACAACACGUUAAAAGGGUUCAAAAGCGGACCGUCUUCCAUGAUUGAACUGGAGGAUUAUGAAGAGAAUGACAACAUCUGUAAGUACGGAGCCUUGAGCCUGUUGUCCUAUGGAGCCUAUUGUCCUAUGCAGCCUAUUGUCCUAACCUAGUGUGUCCUAUGGAGCCUAUUGUCCUAACCUAGUGUGUCCUAUGGAGCCUAUUGUCCUAACCUAGUGUGUCCUAUGGAGCCUAUUGUCCUAUGCAGCCUAUUGUCCUAACCUAGUGUGUCCUAUGGAGCCUAUUGUCCUAACCUAGUGUGUCCUAUGGAGCCUAUUGUCCUAUGCAGCCUAUUGUCCUAACCUAGUGUGUCCUAUGGAGCAUAUUGUCCUAACCUAGUGUGUCCUAUGGAGCCUAUUGUCCUAACCUAGUGUGUCCUAUGG